AUGGCCGGCACAACACACAAGAAACGAUCGCGAGACGAUGUGUCACGAUCGAAAGCGGCACCCCCUCUCAAGAAACAAAAGAAGAAGCAGCAGCAACAGGUCCCCAGCCGCCGCGACGACUCCGACGAUGCGGAGGAAUUCCAGGCGGUCAACCUGCUGGACUCGGACGACGAUGAUAUCCACAACGCCCAGGUAGACGACGGCGGGGACUCGGGGUCAGACGCCGACUCGGUCGGCUCCAUGUCGAGCUCGGAGGACGAGAGGCCUAAAGCGGCGGCGAGGACAAAACCCGCGCGGCCGCAGCCGAUAGCAAGGGACGUGCCCGCGAACAAGCUCGCCAGGGACGCACCGGGUGGGAAAUCAAAAUCAAAAUCGGGCUGGGACGAGGACCAGGGAGACCAGAGUGGCGAGGAGGGCGAGGGCGAGAACGACGAGUACUCGGACCUAGACGACGAGGUCAGCUCCGACGAUGACGACGACGACGACGACGAGGCCGGCUCGGGCGACGGCGGCGCACACGGGGAGGACCCCGCACGCCUCAAGCAGCGCACAUCAUCGUCCAAAUCGAAGCGCAACGACCCCGAGGCCUUCGCGACGUCCAUCUCCAAGAUCCUGGGGACCAAGAUCUCGGGCAAGAACCGGGCGGACCCGGUGCUGGCGCGCAGCGCGGACGCGCGCGAGCGGGUGCGGCAGGUGCAGGACGAGGAGCUGGAGCGCAAGGCGCGGCGGCGGCUGCGGGAGCAGAAGCAGCGGGCGAUGGAGAAGGGCCGCGUGCGGGACGUGCUGGUGGCGACCAACGCGACCUUCUCCAACGUCAACCCCGUCACGGGCGAGGUGGUGGCGGUGGGCGAGGCGGGCGGGGAGACGACGGCCGACAUACUGGCCACGGAGAGACGGCUGCGCAAGACGGCGCAGAAGGGCGUGGUGCAGCUGUUUAAUGCGUUCCGCACGGCGCAGGUCAAGGCUGCCGAGGCGGAGCGGGCGGCGCGAAAGCAGGGGGUCAUCGGCAUGGACAACAAGAAGGACAAGGUCACCGAGAUGAGCAAGAAGGGGUUCCUGGACCUGAUUGCGUCCGGGGGCGGCGGGCUCAAGAAGGGGCCCAUGGAGGAGGCUUGA